UAGAUAUGGGUACUUCUACGUCACGUGAAGCAAGCACAAGCAGACCAAUCACAACCACAGUGAAAGCCAGCACCAGCACAGCAGCAAGGACCUCAACAUCAACACCAACCACGCACACACUGAAAGGUGGACCUAUAGACCCAGGGUUAGCAGCAGGGGUAGCGCUGGGUACAGCGGUCCUGUUGAUCGUGGGCCUGGUUCUCCUCAUUCGCUGGCUCAGAAGGAGAGGAAACAAGAGGCCAAAGGACCCCACAACCACUGGUCUGAACUCUAUCAGGGACACCCCACCAGUCAUAGGAGGCCUUCAUGACCAGCAUCUCAGCGUGGACGGAGAUAAGGGCGGAGGUCCAACAUACGCCUCCAUUGUCCUGUAUGAGGGACAGAGGAGCGUGGCUACAGCACAGGUUGAGGACGAUUCCAGCGAUGCAGUGACCUACGCCUCAGUGAGGGCCUCUCCCAGAUUGGGGAGAGAAGGCUGGUGAUGUGGACGUACACUACGCCACCGUCAACAAACGGGCAUAAUAUCAAAACGUCUUUAGAUGAGUACGGGAUGAAACAAAGCCAGCAGCAGCAGCCAGCAGUAGAAAUGAUGAAUACAUAAAAAGAUAAAAAACUGUUAUUGUCAAUAAUCCAUGUUUACCUUCAGGUGUAAACACAUUUUUUGAUCAAUAAUUGCU